UUGGGGAUUUUACCUCCAAAUCUUGGAGAACACCAACAGGAUCACUGUAUUAUUGCUGGAGAUGGCACUGUCCUUUCGACGCAGGUGUUUGCUGUUGCUGUGUUUGACAGCCAUCCAGAGUGGCAAUGCUGCCGUUCAGCCGUGCAUGGACAAGCACCAGGUGGUCGGGGUGCUUCGUCAAAUGGAGAAGUUUCUGAAAGGCCAGGAGAUGCGUUUUACGGAGGGCCUCAGGAUCAUGAAGUCAAAGCUGGCGACGCUCCAGAAUUCUGUCUCCAAGUUACCUCAAGCUGACCAGUCAGCUUCUCCCACCACCUGCCCCACGCUGGAAACCCCUGCUCACGGAACCAGGUUUGGCUCAAAGUAUUUUGUUGGACAUGAGGUCCAUUUCACUUGUUCCCAGGGCUUCCAUCUUGUCGGUUCUGCCACUCGCGUCUGCCGGGACAACGGCACCUGGACCGGCAUCGGUGCCAUCUGUAAAGAUAUAGCUGAGUGUGCAAGUAAUCCCUGCCAGAAUGGAGGUACCUGUGUGGAAGGUGUUAACCAGUACAAAUGCACCUGCCCCCAGAACUGGAGUGGCUCUCACUGUCAGCAUCAAACCCAGACAGCCCCACCUGAGUGGAGUGUUAUGAAUGAUCCAGCGUUCAGCCGGAGACCUCGCUGUGCCCAAGUGAACAGAGCCCAACACUGCAGCUGUGAUGCAGGCUUUCACAUGAGCGGCACCUCUGACAACAGUAUCUGUCAGGAUGUAAACGAGUGUGAAGUGUACCGGCUAGACAAAGGAGGGAAGCUUUGCAUCCACGAGUGUGUGAAUGUCCCGGGCUCGUACCACUGCUCUUGCCCCAGCGGCUACAAGUUGCUCCCAGACGGGCGGAACUGUGAGGAUGUGGACGAAUGUUUAAGCCAGCAGCACAACUGUAGCCGAGGGACAACUUGUAUCAACACGGGGGGAGGCUUUCAGUGUGUCAACCCAGAGUGUCCCCGUUCUCAUGGCAACAUCAGCUACGUCAAGACAUCUCCCUUUCAGUGUGAGAGAAACCCUUGCCCCAUGGACAGCAGAUCCUGCCACCUGGCUCCCAAGACCGUGUCCUUCCACUACCUGUCUCUGACCUCCAACCUGCAGACCCCUGCAACGCUUUUCCGCAUGGCAACCGCCGCCGCCCCAGGGCGCACCGGGCCAGACAGCCUGCGCUUUGGCAUCGUGGGCGGAAACUCCCGAGGCAUCUUUGUCAUGCAGCGUUCAGACCGGCAGACUGGGGAGCUGAUACUGGUCCAGCAGCUGCGCGGGCCGCAGGAGAUCAGCGUUGAUGUGGACAUGUCUGAGUACAGCGACCGCACCUUCCAGGCCAAGCAUGUGGCCCGGGUUAACGUUCUGGUUUCACCUUACAACUUCUGAGAACGCUUUGGCGAAGGAGAACCACUAGAGACAGACGGGGGAAGAGGAGCAAGGAAGAGUGUACUGGUACUGUUUCUUUUUCCCAUAUAAGAAAUGAAAUUGCCUGAGUAGCUGGUUCCAGGCCAGCAUUUGUUCAGUGGCCAAAUUACCAAAAGAGUGAGAGAGUGGCAAGACAAUAUUAUAAUAUAAGUUAUAUUAUGAAUAACAAUGUAUGGCAAAGCACAUCAUAGAUGCCUAUUAAAGUCAGUAUGAGCUUUGACUGAGUGUGUUUGAAUGCAUUGAAACUAGCUAAACAUGAGCAUCCAUGGGUUUGGAGGGAUGCAGAACAGGUUUUGUUGUUGCUUUAUGUUUCUAUUUUUGUUGUCCAUUAUAGAUCACAUCUGUAGCUCAGGGUCCGGCCCCGGGACUGAUGCACUGCCCUCGUCUUGUUGAUGAUGAAUCCCUAUAAGACAUUAGUGCUCCUGAGGCUCUAAUUUAUUGGAAAUAUUAUUGCUGGUUUUUACAUUGGAACAUACUGUACGCCACAUGUUUAUCUUUCAUCAUAUACUGUAUAUUGGGUUUUUCUUUUGUACUAGCUUGCCUUGUUUAAGCACCAUCCAUUAUACUAAAGGAGUUUUUUUUUUUUUUUUUAGAUGCAGUCGUGUACCUGAGCAUAUUUCCUCUAUUACUCAUAUUCUGUAUGUUACCCAGAAAUCAGGCUUGCAAAUGCACUACACAAUUUAUCUGGAAUUUUAAAUGUCUCUACAUAACUGAAAUAA